UACUGUCAAUAAACCCAACCAGAAUCCUGAGUUUGGGUAUCAAAGAAGUAACCGGCUCCCAGAAACGACCCGACCCGUCUUCGGACGGCGGUCGGGUACCCCCAGUUCCAACGUCCUCCUCUUUAGAGCUGAGCUGAGCUGGGCUCCCAAAACCCUCAUCUCCUUAUUUUUAAGCAAAUCGAAAAAUGCCAACCCUCGCUCGUCUCCCAUCAAUUCAAAUCCCAAUUUCUCUCCCUCUCUUCUCUGGAUCCCCAAUCAAUCUCCCCCCUCUCGGCUCUCUCUCCAGAACCUCUCCUCGAUCCCGACCGCUCUGCGCCGCCGCCGCUCCUGCGCCCGUCGUCGCCGCCACUGAUGAGAAAUACGGAAGCAAGCAAGUCGUCAGCCUCACUCCUCAGAUUUACGAUUACGUCUUGUCCAACGUCCGAGAGCCCCAGAUUCUUAGGGAGCUUCGAGAGGAGACGGCGAGCAUGCAAGGGAGCCAGAUGCAGGUGUCUCCCGAUCAGGCCCAACUGUUGGCAAUGCUCGUCCAGGUUCUAGGAGCACAGCGGUGUAUUGAAGUUGGAGUCUAUACUGGGUAUUCAUCAUUGGCUGUUGCACUAGUCCUACCUGAAUCUGGCUGUUUAGUUGCAUGCGAAAGGGAUAGAAGAUGUCUUGAAAUUGCAAAAAAGUAUUACGUGCGAGCUGGCAUCUCCCAUAAGGUGAACAUAAAACAUGCUUUGGCAGUGGAUACUUUAAGAUCUCUAAUUCUGAACGGUGAAGCUUGCAGUUAUGAUUUUGCAUUUGUUGAUGCUGAGAAGCGAAUGUACGAAGAAUAUUUCGAAUUGCUUCUACAAUUGGUAAGGGUUGGGGGUCUGAUUGUGAUGGAUAAUGUCCUAUGGCAUGGAAAAGUUGCUGAUCCUCAAGUGACUGAUCGAAAGACCAUCAGCAUUAGAAACUUCAAUAAGAAACUUCUUGAGGAUAAGCGAGUUAAUAUCAGUAUGGUACCAAUUGGGGACGGCAUGACAAUAUGUCGCAAAGUAUUACACGGUUCUUCAAGAUCCUGACGCUAAUAACAGGCUAUCGGUCUAUCUGUAAGCCAAUAAUCACAAACAAUGGCCCAAUACUAUAGUUUUUGACUAGAUCCCAGGCUGGAUGUAGUGUACAGAAAUGCGAUCGAUGAUCUGGCAGGAAGUGAGUGUGGUAGGUGCCGAAGCCUUCAUGUAGGAACACUUUGUAAUGUAUUUACUAAGCGGCUGAAAGCUUUUAUACCUUUGUCUUCUAGAGGUUUCUUAUUUUUAACUUAAAUGAUGAAGGUUAAGCAAUAUAAUUGUGUAAUUGUAACUCUGCA